AUGAAGUUGCCCAAAGGUCUUGAAACUGCAUGGGAUCAUAAACGUGUGUUGCAAUUGUGGUUGUGGAGGAAACCUUCCCACUCAGUCUCUUUCUUGCAGGUGCUGUCUGUGCCUCAUCGCCGGUUGGUCUGUUGCAGCCGCCUUUAUGAAGUGACAGAUGUGAACAAAGUGCAGAAACACGCUGCCCACCAGAGAGAAGUUUUUCUCUUCAAUGACCUGCUGGUGAUUCUCAAGCUUUGCCCCAAGAAGAAAAGCUCUUCAACCUACACAUUUUGCAAGUCAGUCGGCCUCUUAGGAAUGCAGUUCCAUCUGUUUGAGAAUGAAUACUAUCCCUAUGGUAUCACUUUGGUGAUUCCAGUUUCAGGCUCAGAGAAGAAACAGGUGCUUCAUUUCUGUGCCCUAAAUGCUGAAGAAAUGCAAAAGUUUGUGGAAGACCUCAAAGAAUCAAUAGCUGAGGUGAUGGAGCUAGAACAGAUUCGAAUUGAAUGGGAGCUGGAGAAACAGCAUGGGGCAAAGAAUCUUUCCUUAAAAACCAAUGGGGCUCAGAUGGAAAUGCAAUUCAAGCAAGGAUCUCCAGCAGGCAAAAAAGAUUUAGGAGAAAAAGGCCCGGAGAACACAGUGGAGGUUUUAAUCAAUGCCUCCCCUGCCAGACUGACAAUUUUACCAAUUUCCAGAGAUACAAUAAAAAGUUACUGCUAGGACGGGUAAUACAACUUUCAAAUCCAGAUUAAAGUUCAAAGCAUUAUUUUUUUUCAAGCCGUUUCUCUAAUUGUUAACACAUCCUUCAUGGAGCCAGCGGCCGAACUCUGGAAACUAACCUGCUCCUUCCUCAUCCCCACCCAGCACCCUUUCAGGAGAAAUCAGAGACAGAGCCGAGAUGAAUCCCCUGGCAGCUCAAUAUCAGGGCAGAAUCUCCCCGAUCCUCACUGCUCACCUGAUCUUUCCCUCAUAGCUCUUCUGCCCAAGAAACUGAUGCCACGUUGGUGGCAGGCUGGGCAAGAUUCACCAGGGGGGGCUGUGUUCUGAUCGAGGCUUCCCAAGAGCAUGAAACAAACUCCCGGUCCCAACAAAAACCUCUUUUAUUAA